GCCGAUCGCCGAUCGCCCCCACCAGGCCGCGGAGCCGCUGGCCGAGCAGCAUGGCGGUGUCGCGGGGGCUGCGGUGCUGCCAGCGCGCCUUCGCCUGGCUGCCCGUGCUCAUCAUCGCCCUCGUCGUGCUCUGGUCCUACUACGCCUACGUCUGCGAGCUGUGCCUCGUGACCCUGAGCAACCCUGUGGAAAAAGUGGUCUAUCUUAUAAUAUUCCAUAUUCUCUUUGUGCUCUUUGUGUGGACGUACUGGAAGUCUAUUUUUACUCUCCCAGUGCAGCCAGCCAAAAAGUACCACAUGUCCUACGCUGACCAAGAGCGCUAUGAAAAUGAAGAAAGGCCAGAGGUGCAGAGGCAGAUCCUCGCCGAAAUUGCCAGGAAGCUGCCAGUGUAUACCAGAACGGGGAGCGGAGGUAUUCGCUUCUGUGACAGAUGCCAGCUGAUAAAACCUGAUCGCUGUCACCAUUGCUCUGUUUGUGCUGUAUGUGUGUUAAAAAUGGAUCAUCACUGCCCGUGGGUGAAUAACUGCAUUGGAUUUUCUAACUACAAAUUCUUUCUACUGUUCUUAGCCUAUUCUUUGUUGUAUUGCUUGUAUAUUGCUGCAACAGUCUUCAAGUAUUUCAUUAAGUAUUGGACAGGUGAACUGACUAAUGGACGUUCAAAAUUUCAUGUCCUUUUCCUGCUCUUCGUGGCAGUCAUGUUCUUCGUAAGCCUCAUGUUUCUAUUUGGCUACCAUUGCUGGCUCGUCAGUAGAAACAGAUCUACUUUAGAGGCUUUCUCGGCUCCGGUGUUUCAAAAUGGCCCAGAUAAAAAUGGAUUCAAUCUCGGCUUUGUGAAGAAUCUUCAGCAAGUGUUUGGAGAAGAAAAAAAGCUCUGGUUACUACCUAUUGCCUCUAGCCAGGGCAAUGGGCAUUUUUUCCCAAUGAGAGCUUUGAGUGAAGCUCAGAAUCCUCUCCUAGCAAAUGAAGAGCAAUGGGAAAAUGAUGGAAUAGAUGGAGAGCCUUACGAUUCUGGUGAAGCUUCAUCCCUGGCCAUAGAAAGGGAGACAUAGCAGUUUGAAAAUGCACUGGAAUAAAGCUUGGUCAGAAAGCUUCCUUCUCAGGAGUCAGCAUCUCUUUUCUUGGCAUGGACUUCAGAGGAGCAGAAAUCAAGUGGAUCUUCAAGAUGAGAAAACAUCAUAAAGAACCGUCUGAUUGGAAUCUGCAUUCUGGAGUGGUUCCAGACAUUUCAAGGCUUUAUAAGUUUAAGUUACGGAGUGAACAAAACAGUUUUAGAGAGUGAUUCUGGCCAAUCUUCUUUGGCCUGCUCUCUUUAUUUUAUAAAUAAUAUAUAUUUUUUAUUCAAAAUAGGUAAAAUGUAUCAAUGUGAGGGCAUUUCUGAAGGCCUUUUCAUUUUGCAAACAUCAGGGACUCUAGUUUUUUAAAUUCUUCCAAGCCAUAAUAUUCUUGGGGGUGAUAUUUAUUUUGAGACUGGUUCUCCAUCCUUCUCUGACAAGUGGCAUUUUCUAAUGGUGUUUAAAGUUCUGUCUGAGUCACUUCAGCUCAGUGGAAGAUGGACCCACUGAAAUCUGGGACUAAAUUGAUGGUUGGGCGCGUGUUGAAAGAAAAAAUGCAGAACAAGCAUAUAUACACACGCAGCUGUGUAUGAAAAUAGAAUAUUCACAUUGUCAGUGUCAAGAUUUGAGAAUAUUGUGGCCAUAGGUGUUAUAGAGAAAUUUUUUAGGAGGGUGUAAUUGUCUUAGAGUUUUAGUGCCCUUUAAGCCCAAUCCUACUUGCAGGUACCUAAAAUGCAAAAGGGAGCUUUAGACAGUGCAGUUUGCAUUCAUUCCUAGGGCUAAAAUACAACUCAUCCCUGGAUCAGAAAUUUGUGUGUGUGUGGAGUCAGAAAGGGAGAUGUAAAUUCGAAACACGAGUUGGAAAUGUGCACUGAGAGUUUAGUUCCAACAGUGUUUGCAGUUUACGCUCCACAAAGCCCCAGAAUGGCGAAGAGGCAGGCGAGGUACUGGAUUUUUUCACACUUUGUAAGUAAUUGUGCUGACUGGUGGCUUAAAGGCUUUUUCAGCACUGAGAGGUGACGGGAUUUUUUCUUCAUUUGGCUCCGUUUGCAGUCGAAGGAACGUCUCACUGCUUUUGUUCUGUGCAACAGGACUGAGAAGUCACCGGCAGGAUUAGAUGCUUUUUUCUAGACCCGAGUGUUUUUUUUAUCUGCAUGAUUCAGACCUGGCAACUCCAUCACUUGUGCAUUAGGUGCAUGCUUGAAGUAUCAGUAUCUGCCUUUAAGAUCAUUUGUUACCAUUUCUCUCCUGGGUUUGUGUUUCUCAGCUCGUUUGUGUUGGCAGUGCCUACGGGAGCACAUGUGCAAGUUGUGAGAAAUUACCUGAUCGGUGUCUGUUGGUGACAAAGGCUUUGCCUACAACCUAAAUCCUUUUUCCCUCGGGUUUACUCUGCUGUUGCUACCAGUGGAAAUGUGUUUGUAUGAUGGAAGAGAGUCUUGCAGAGAUUUUGUCCAUAAGAGCAGACAUUUACCUGCCUGGUAUAAACCCGUGGACAGGGAUUUUAUACAGCAGCCUCUCGUCUGGUGUUGAGUGGGCAGUGACCGCUGUACGAUGUCAGCUCAGUCGUUAGGAGUCAGGGUGGUCUCCCCAAGGCUGAGUGUGAGCCACGCUCUCCUCUCCCCACAGUGGUAUCAGCACCCUGAACGCUCUGCUUCAGCCCCUUUAACCACGGCUGUUGGGUGAUUCUGUCAACAAAUGGUUGCUGAGUGUUGGAACCAUUUUUUGCUGUCAGUCCAACCCUGCAUCUGUGAACUAAAUCUCCUGGUGGACCUUAGGCUGUGUGUGAGGGCAGGUGGCAGUGGUAUUAAUCACCUCAUUUCUGGGAAGGUGUGUUCUGGAGGGGGAUCUUGAGAGGAAGCUGGCAGCUAAACACAAUAGGGAAUGUGCAGGAAUUUAGCACCAAGAGGUGCCGUUUGUGCCUUUUAAAACUCUAAAUUCCUUGUGUCUAAAACCAGGAGGACUUGGUGAAUUUGUUUCCUUCUGUCUGCUGAAGUGUAUUGCUGAUACAGCAGCGCAGAACUGUGUCUGAGGCCGUGGGGAUGGAUGGAGUUUUCCGAGCAGGUUCUGGUAUCCUUUCUGGAUUUAGCUGGAUGUUCAGCCGUGUCAUUUUUCCGGGUCAUUCCUCCCGACAGGGUCUGCACGCAGCGUCCCUGCUGGCUGCCUGUUCAUUAGCUCAUAUCGCAAUGCCAGUUCCUGUCAGGGUGAUUCCGGUGAGGUUGCGGCAGCUGGCACAGCAACCCCAGAUGCUGCCUGUAAUCCUGCCCAUGGUCACCGGGCAGUGACACACAUGGCUGGAGAGACAGAUGGCGCUGCCGGUGGCAGAGGCUCACCAGGAGUCUCUGAAAGUGCUGAACACAACCAGGGUUUUGUGAACUUAAAUCAGGGCACAGAGUGUGAGUCCAGCCCAGGCGCAGCGUGGUCUGCCUCGCUUUUCACCGCUUGGAGUUUGUAUUCUGGCAUUUUACAAAUGCAUUUCAUGUCCCUUGUGAGAGGAAUUCUCUGCUAUGAGCAGCUUUUCCAAGUUAUUGAGUGAAAGACUGAGCGCUCUGGCUGGACUGUGCCGCGAUUCCUGCCGCUGUCUCAUCCCUGCACGCCUAGACUAAUGCUCCAAAAUAACUGACUGCUAACAACCACCCUCCCUCUUCUCUCCCGUUUACAUUCAGGUAUGCUGUACUCUUUAAAAUUAAUUAAUUGAGAAAGCCUCACAUUGGUGUUGCCAGGGAGAGCACUGCAGUUGGUCCUCUGCUUGGCCAGCAAGUCCUGCCUCUGUAAGCCCCACCGCACUGCAGUUUUGUUCUCUCGCUGAGCUGGUACCAUAUGUUUUUGGCCUAGAGAGUGUCCUCCUCUGACCAGGAUGCUGCCCUGUGUGUUUUCGCAGCUGUACUUCGUGCAUGUACUGUUCUGCCAUCAGUGGGAACCGCGGAGCUCCCUAAUGGCGCUCCAGCAGUGAAUGUUUCCUUCCUGGGGCAAUCCAGAAAUGUGAUUCAGCAAAAUCCAUACCAGCUGUAGAUCUUUAGUUUGUGCGCUGGUGUGGACUGAGAGCACAACUCAGCGUUUCUUACCAGAGCUGGUGCAUGAAGUCUGUAACACCAGAUGAAUGUAAAGUCUUGGUGGGGACGGUUACCUUUUUUUCCUCGAAGUUCGAUAUCAAGAAUGAUGUGCGAAGGUGUAUUGGGCCCCACUGCCUCCCGCGUAGUCGUUACGCAAACAGAACAGAUUUACUGUUUGCCUCCCUGGCUUGUGCAUGAAUGUCCUGAAUUAGCAGGCUAAGGAGGUGCUGUUGACCUCCUUUAUUAAGCCAGAACUAAUUAACUCAGAGGGUCACAUUUUCAUUUCAGUGACUCCUGUGGUACAGAUUUUUUAAAUUGAUCCACAGUACUUGAAAAUACCUUGAUUUUAUUGAUAUUUUCCCAAAUCUAUCAGCUUUUAUUUUGUUACUUGCAGAAAUAACUCAUUCUGAACCCAUCAGUUAAAGCACUUGGUGGAGUAGCUUUUCUCAUUACGAGCAGAGCUCUGCCAGACAGCAGUUGUAUUGUCCUUUUCCCUUGAGAGAAAGCAUCUUUCCUCUUCCUCCUGAAUAUAUAGUUAAACUAUUAUCAGCUUCCAGCUGUUUGUGCUGUUUCUUUGGAUGCCGUGAAGGUGAGUAGGUGUCAUUUUAAGCAGUUGUGUCACAUAUUUUAUUUGUAACCAAGCUUACGGUUUGUCGGAUGCCCGUUAGUGAUUCUCAUCCCUCUGGCUCAGCUUGCUUUGCUCAGAGCAGUGGGAUCCAACUUCCUGCAUUGCUUUCCUCUCCUAAAAGUACCAUUCCUUCAUUUUCUGGCUUGAGUUGGGAAUAUAAACCUUGUGAAAUAAAAUACAAGCCUAUAUUUCAGGUGUGAGCCUGUAAGUUGGUUCUGCUUUUAUGCUGCUUAAAGUAUCUUUUUUGUGUACGAGGUUUCAAGACUUACCAUAGAGUUCGUAAAACUCCGGUGUUAAGCAGUGGUGUAAAAACAGCCACUGCUUAAAACAUGUUACGAGAGUUCUGUUAAGGAGGGGGAAAAAUAAACAGCCAACGAAAAAACAAACACAAAAAGGACAAACGGAGCAUCUUUGCUGCUUAAAAAGAAAUGGCUGCUUAAAAUUAAGCAAUUGUGCUUAAAGAGAAAUGCCUGCUGGUAUCAAACGC